CGUAACUCGUUGCAUCCCAAGUUAUUUAUAUUUUAUCAUUAUAAUUUCGCGUUCGCGCAGCCGAAACUGUUGCAUCCGUUGGAGGAAAUAAUAUAUAAUUUUCUCAAAGUCUUCCUCUCCCAAAAGAGAUAAAGAAAUGGAAAAAUUGUUUCACGGUAGAUGGAGGAAAAUGAAAUUCCUUGGAGAGAUUGAUUUUUUUUUUCUCCCUUUUUCUUUUCACCGACACUCGUUUCGCCCGAUCAGACGAAUCGCGUUACUACUAUUAGUGGAUUAAUUUCCACGAAAAGGAAAAAUAUUCGCGAUAUUUUGUCUGAUAAUAGGAAACGUUAUCCGUGACAGUAUUCACAGUUUGGAAUUCUCGUUUAUUUUUUUUUCUUUCUUUUUUCGUCGCAUAAUAACAAGUACAACGAUUCCUUCCGAAUACACUUCCAAUACGUUUCUUCUACAACGAUUCAUCGUUUUCAGGCGGCCCUGUGCGUAAGGGUGAUUCAUCUUUAAUCCUGGCCAUCCAUGGAUAAAAUUCCCAAGGAUCCCCUCGUCCAGGCCUUUCUUCCAUCGACUGGUCGCGUCAUUCCCUAAUAGCAGUGCGUGAAAACCGUGAGAAGACCCGUGGAGGGAGGAGGAGGGAUAGGUUGGAGAUGAGAAUUCGAUCCGCUCCGGAAGAUUGGCGCGUUGCUCGGAGGAAACUCGUGGCAAUCCGGCACAACAAAGAGUCAACCGACGUUUCAUCGUGCUCGCACAACGAGGCUGGCGGAGGUUUCUCUAGCAUUCUCUUGCUAGAUUAAAAGAAAAGAAACAAAAAAAGGAAAAAAAAAAAUAAAAAAAGAAAAAGAAGGAAAGAAAGAAAGUAAUCGAGAAGAAAAGGAAGAAGAAUAUCCGUUAUCCCCCAACGUGGUAAGAGAUGGCUACGAACAGCCCGGGACAGUCGACACAUGCGAAAUCGCCUCGUAGUCCUCGCCAGCUACCGCAAUUGCCGCAAAUCCCGAUCGGCGGGCAGAGAAGCCCCACGCAAUUGCCCCAGGUGAGCAAGUCGCCUGGCACGCCGCUGGUGUUCGAGUUCCCCCCCGAGUAUUAUCCGGAAACGCCCAACACGAAUUUCGACUUCGAGGAGUUCGGACGGUUGAACGAGGCCGAGGCAAGGCCGGGGCAGAGGAGCCCGAGCUACUACCCGCGUCAAGGGUGCAGGAGUCCCAAGAGUCCUAGCGCGCACUCGCCCGGCAGAAAGUCGCCGAUAUUUCAAUUCGUCGAGACCCGUAAGAAUCUCGGCAAGACGAUGAGCUAUCCACCGAGAAGCCCCGCCUGUGGUUCACCCGCGGUCCCGACAAGAUCGCCCAGCUCCGCGGGUUUCGCCACCUCGAAGAAGCCUUUCGAGGGCCAUCGUAGGAACACUUGUUUCGGGUUAAACGGAUCGAAGUGGGAUCCUGUGUCGGCGACGAUGGCCGCGUCUAUGGGCCACGGAUCGUCCAGCCCGAAGCACGAAAAAACGGAGCAACGGGAGGGGAGCAACGCGAGUUACAAGAACGGGGGCGGAUCGAGGCCAUGUUCGGUGGAGGGGGGAGGGGGAGGGGGAGCGUCGAGGGAGAGAGGCGACAGUCCGAGCGGGAGGAGGGGCGGUGGGAAGAGGAGCAGUCAUUUUAAUCGCAGUCAAGGGUAUUUGAACGAGGCUGAGAACAGUCGGAGCGAGAGCCAAGAGGACGUUUACGGGAAGAAUGGAAGAAAUAUCUCGAGGAGGUCGACCAGCGACUUGACCGAUAUGGGGGACGCCGACACGGAAGUCACUCUGUUGUCCAGCCCUAGAAGGAGAGGAUCCAUGAAGGGUGGCCUCGCCUAUCUCGCGUCCAGACGCGGCUCCCGCGAUAGCCAGUGCUCCAAUUUGUCGAACGUCAGCAACGAGAGCGUGGGCCCGUUGAAUUUCACAGCGCACCCCCGUGCCAGGCAACGGAGAACUUCUAAUUUCUUGGAAUUACCCGUGCCGGAUCACAUCAGGCCACGAGUGCACAGCCUGCCGGAGAAAGCGUACAAUCCGAGAGCGGGGGAGGAUCUGUACAGAUUGCGGGCAUUCAGCAUCACCCAUAAAGGCGUCGUUAAUCGUGGAGAUUCGAUUAUCUCGAGGCGCAGCAGGAGCAAUACUUCGGUCAACAGUAGCAGAAAUAGCAAUGUCUCGGGUGAAAGAUCGCCGUUCGAAGGUUCCUGUUGCAGCGGGCAAGGCGUCGGCGCGGAUAGCACGGAGAGCGAAGAAAUGGAGGAGGUGUCCAAAUAUCGGGUGGUACUGCUCGGUGAUUCCGGAGUCGGGAAAACAGCCCUCGUCUCCCAAUUCAUGACCAGCGAGUACAUAAACACGUAUGACGCCAGUUUAGAUGACGAGUUCGGCGAGAAGACGGUGUCAAUUUUGUUGGACGGCGAGGAGUCAGAAAUGGUGUUUAUCGAUCAUCCGCACGUGGAGAUGAGCGUCGAGAAUUCUUUGUCCACCUACGAGCCGCACGCCUGCAUCGUUGUGUAUUCUACCGUGUCUCGUACGAGUUUCCAGGUCGCCGAGGAGAUUUUAAACUAUCUGUGGAGGGAGCAUUACACGCAAGAACGAUCCGUGAUCGUGGUCGGCAACAAAUCAGACCUCGCGAGAAGUCGAACGAUCACGGCCAACGAGGGUAAGCAGUUGGCGGCAUCGAGGGAGUGCAAAUUCAUCGAGACGUCCAGCGGUAUCCAGCACAAUGUGGACGAGCUUCUGGUAGGCGUGCUCAAGCAGAUCCGGCUUCGGGAGAAUCGUGACAAGAAGCUGAAACGGCAGGGUAGCAAGAGGAGGAUACUGUCGAAGCUGCACGGUAGUAAGACGGCGCUCAGCCUGAAUCUCGCUAGGGAGAUAUUGAACAAGAUGUGCUUGAACGACAGCAAGAGCAAAAGCUGCGAGAAUCUGCACGUGUUGUAAGGGGGAUGAUAGCGAUUAAAUGGAUCGAUAUUUCGAUUCGUUUCCUGGAAUGGAUCGCGCGAAUAAUGGGAAGGGAGAGGGCAAAGAUGGAAGAUUGUCGGCGGAAAAAACUUUGGUGGCGGAACGUUUUUAGUCGAUGAAAAAUCGGUAAUUUCGUCGUUGAAAAAACUGUGCGGUGGCGAAGUAUCGAUGGGAACGAAGCAUCGACAUUACAUUAAUGGAAAAGUUGCAUCAUCGAGAUCGGGGUUUCGGGGUUUAAGAGGAUUUUAUUAAAAUCGUUCGAGCUAAUGGAUGUAGGGAGAUGGCGGAGUUUGAAUUGGACACAGUGUACACAGAAAAUCGGGUUUUUCCGCGGAUAUCGAUUUCCAGCCGCGUUUUUACUCUCAUAACGAAUUCAGGAGCCUAUGCGUGCCACGUCCAGAUCCACGCGCAAACAAGAAAACUUUCACCAAUCCCUCUCUCUGAUCGAAUAAUAUUUGCUUGGC